UGACGUUGUAUAUAAGAUCAUUGUCGCAUCUCCUCUGUCAGACAGUCCGAAAAUCUGCUCGCUUUUUACAUCAUAUUCGCUUGAGAACUGCGCAUAUAUUUUACCACUAUUUAUCAUUUGUCACAGCAUCAAUAUGAAUUUAGACGAUCUCCGUAAUGAAGCUGGGCUGGGACAUAUUCACAGUCUGCAGCUCAUGACCAAACAGUUGAACGCACAGGGCCACCGUAUAAGGCAACGUUUUCACUGCCUUGGCUUCGCAAAACAAUAUAGGAGACGGUGCCCUAUGUCGGCGGAGGGCUUCAUGAUGAUUAGACCAUCCAUGAUUAAAAAGACUUGGACUGCGCUGAGGAAGGAAGAAGUGUCUGCGAGCGGCUUUACCGACAUUGUCCGAUCCAUGUUUUGUGGCUAUCACGACGUUUCCGGUUCGUACACCGAAAAACAAAGGGAAUUCUUCCGGGAACUGUGGCGAACGACGGACAUAAAGGAACGAGAUGCCUUUCUGAAAGCCAUUGAAGAUGGUCUCCGCGACAUCCACGAAGAAAUACAUAGGUUCGGAGAUAUGUCACCCGAUGACGUUGAGGAUACCUUAGGCAGAUCGUCAGAUGGGCACGAUGAGGGUACAUCACCAAAACUUUAUGAUGCGAGUAAAGGGGAGUAUCGCAUGAUUGUUUACAAAAAGCCUCAGACCUCGCUUGAUACUAUACGAGAAAUGCUGAAACUAGACAUGAUAUCACCUGAGGAUCCAGUCAGGCCGUGGGUAUACCCAGGUGACGAUUUAUCCAAUGGCGAGCGGUUCUUUACACCGUCCUCACUGAAUCUCGAGAGAAAGAACCAGGAACCAAACAAUCAUAGCGCAUAUCCAAUCAAGACCGAGUCUCCCGAUCCUGAGGCGAGUGUUGGGGGAUUUGGAACCCCCUCCAGGUGGUCCAGCAGCGACUCUCGCGAAGCUAAGCUUACUUCAUCAAAUCCUCCUUCCAAUAUUGAGAGAGAUGAUCAAUUCAAACAUGCAGCCUUUGAGUAUCAAGAGGGAGAAGACACUAUAUUUAAGGUUAUAGAAAGACGGGCUGCCAGCAGAUCUUCGAGUCCCAGAAGUAAAGACACAACCAAAGACCAAACGAGUCAAUCCAAACACGGCUCAUACCUCUUCAAUCCGAAAACAACAUCAGCAGCAGGUUCAGCACCUACAGAAGCUAGUACGAGCACAACGAAUAUUCCUAUACGUAGCAUUUCACCGUCUAUUCCACAAUCCAAUUUCAACUACCAAUCGGAUGAACAGUCCAAAGAAAGGGCAACACCACCAUCGAAGAACCAUCGAGUUUCAUCACCACCCUCCAGAUUUCUCUCGCCAUCUCCUUAUCUCCCUAAAUCCAGAUCCGCGAGCCCUCCCUCAACCCCAACGCCAAUCUUAGCCGCAAGAUCCCCUGAAACUCCAAAAUCAACUCUUGAAAGGCCCGUAACUCCCCUCUACAGCCCGCAAACACUCAAUGAAACCGCCGAAAAAAUUCGCGAAAUCCUCUGCCAACCCGUCAAUGAAGACAACAAAGGCUUCAUAUACAUUCUUAAAGCGCCCGCAUUCUUCUCUACCUUUGCCCCUGCCACCUUGCGCAACGAAACGUGGCUAAAGAUUGGCAUCUCGCGCGACGUGCCUAAGCGCAUCGCUUCGCUGAAAGCGCAAUGCGGCCUUUUUGAUCUGACUGAGAUCCGCGAGGAGGACAACAUGCGGUUUACAGAGCCCAUGGCUAUGGAGCAGCUUCGAAGAGUUGAGCGCUUGUGCCACGCACAUUUAAACAACCUUCGCAGGAAGAUGGAUUGUACAGAGAGCAGUGCAGCGUGUAAUGCUGUUCACAAUGAGUGGUUUGCUGUGGGAGAAGAGCUUGCAAAGCAGACUGUUAGGUUGUGGGUAAGUUUUAUAGAGAAGCGUCCGUAUGCACAUUUUGGUAUGUUGGAUAGGUUUUGGGUCGAAAGAGCUAUGACCACAACGUAUUUAAGAUUGAACAAGAGAGAUGCGGAGGAUCUAGGCGUGACGGCCUGGGGGAAAUGGUUAGAGGAGGGGACUGAGGCUAUAUCAGAGAGUGAAGAUAGAUUUUGAUGAAUGUGGUACUGGAUGUCUUGUAUUAACUAGUCGUUAAUCUCCCUGAGCGCCUAAUGCAGAUAUUCGCGUGACUUGGUAACGAAGUUUUCCGUCGCAUUGCAUGCCCAUAAUCAGCGGUGCUCGGCCACGGCCUUGUAACGUAUGUCUAGAGUAGUUUUAUCCGAGCUGAUGGUGUGGCUAGUAACGAGUUCACCUUUGUCCACACUUUCCGACAUGUAGGAAAAAUACACUACCAUCGCCAUUUUACUCCACAGAUCCUGCACAAUUUUCCCCCCCAGAUCCCGAACUCUUUGACAUAGACUGGCUCAAACGCGGCAAAACGUGUUUCGUGCACAUCUGGUACCUAUGGAUUUACUUAUUGGAUGGGCUCCGACUUCCUACGAACUGGUCC